AUGGACAUCAGUUCAACAUCAAACGCUUUGUCAAAAUAUCAAAUUCUCCAAGUCAAAGAAAAAUGAGCAACUCUGCGAUUUUUUUGGUUUUGCUGUUUCUAGGCAUUUUGGCUUUCCUGGCCGAGUCAACCCAACAAGCGCCAACAUUUGAAUGCGGCCGGCCGAAAUUCACGUCGAGGAUUGCGGGAGGAAGUGAGUCCCAUCCCGGCCAGUUCCCGUGGAUGGCCCACAUCCAAAUGAAAAGUAAUAUUGACGGGCUAUUAUUCACUUGUGGGGGGACCCUCAUCAGCGAUCGACACGUCCUAACAGCUGCCCACUGCGUCCAAAACGAAAACGAUUUAAGGAAUAGAAUUGUGAACAUCACCCUGGGAGCCCACGACAUUAACAACGACGACGGCCACCAUCAGAAAUUCGUCUGGAAUCGAAUUGUCUUUUAUUCGAACUGGAAUGUGGAGAGCGACGUCGCCAUCGUCACACUUUCCAGACCAGUCAAUUUCACAGAUUACGUUCAACCGGCUUGUCUGCCAUUUGAAGAUGAUCUGGAUCACGUCAACGAUUCCGUCGUCCUCACCGGAUGGGGACAACACGAUUCAUCCGGUUCUUUCAGUUCCGUUUUGCGCCAAACGGAAACGACCAUCAUCUCUUCGUUUGGGACCGACGGCCAGUGCCAACAAGCGGCCGGAAUUGGCAACUUCUCCGGCGACAACGUCGUCUGCAGCGACGGAUCUCAAGGGCAUCGUUUCCACUACGGCGAUGAUGGAGGGCCGAUGAAUUUCUACAACGCGGAAUGCGGCAGAUGGUUCGUCCUCGGAGUAGCCGGAAGGGGAAAUUCUUUUGACGACGGAAUCAAUGGGCCAAAUAUUUUUACACGGGUCCAGGCUCACCUGGAAUUCAUUCAAAAUCACACGAGAGUUUCCAGUCUAGCCGACUGUUCAUCGACGACAAACGGCACUGAACCGACGACGACAACAGGGCCAACAACAUCAACAACUCAAAAGAUAACAACAACGUCGACUGAGAAGACAACAACUUCAACCACCACGGCAUCAACCACCGACCAACCGGUAACAUUCAGCUGCGCUGGUAAACCGAACGGCAACUACCCCAAUCCAGCCUCCAGCUGCUCUAGCACAUUUUACACGUGCUCAAACGGGAACGCUUAUCUCUUCAACUGCGCUUCUAAUUUGGUUUAUCGGGAGGAAAUUGGCGUCUGUGACUGGCCUUCAAACGUGGCCGGAUGCUAUUAAGAACUGGAAGAUUGCGAUUUUAAAUUCUAAUGUAGUAGACUAGUAGUGUACUCGAUUGUCUUGGCUACAAGUCAAGAUUGUGGACGGGGAGGUUCCAGCAGAGGUCCCUCUUGGUCAUAAAAUGUUUUAGUUGCACUUUGCUUGCCGUGUUUAAAAGUUCAAAUGUUUUCGAAUAAGAUGGUUUACCCACAGAAAAAGUUGUGAGGUACAAAAUAAAACAUGCCUGAUAUGUA